CACUACGCCUGAGUCGAAUUCUCGCCAUGUUGUCUUACAAGACUUUCAGAUUCAAGCAAUUCCUGGCCAAGAAACAAAAGCGAAAUUGUCCUAUUCCUCAAUGGAUGCUGAUGAAAAUUGGUAAUAAAACAAAACAAAACAGGUACAACUCUAGGAGAAGACACUGGAGGAGAACGAAGCUGAGUCCGUAA